UAGUUUUUUUUCGUAAUUUCUCACACAUCGUAACAAAUUUGUUGAGUAGAUUGCUUAAAUAUAUACACCUAAGCUGUUGUAUAUAAGAUAAGUAUAAUCAGAACUAACCUGUGUAGAAUAAGUAGGUAGGUACCUACGCUGAAUAGCAAGACUUCAAACAUGGAUAAAAAUAAUUCCUUUAUUGGAUUACUUUGUUUCAUUAGUUUCGUCUCCUUUGCAGCCUGCGGUAAAUCUCGAUCUCAAAUGACUGAAUAUUCAGCGCUUCUUACGCAUCAACUAAAAAUUAUGACGAAUUUUCAAGACGCUAUGGAUAUAAGAUUGAAGUUGAACGGAAAAUUCCAAGACAUGGGAGUAGAGAAUCCUCUCCGUGAAAUAACGCAUCACUAUACAUCCGUCGGAAUUUCAAAGCUAGAUGAUUAUUUGAAAGCAUGUUCCGGGGCAUUGAAUAAAUUUAAUAAGCAAUUAUCCAUUGAACCGAAGAAUGUGACGUUUAAGUCUUUCUAUUAUAAAAUGCUGAAAUGGCUGCUGCAUCACACAUCCCGUAUUCGAAAUUCUGUGAUCGUUUUAACAACAUCUGAUUUCGAUGACACCAUUACGAAUAUAUUAAGUGAGAUCGAAACAUUAGAUAUUAGGACAGCUUUCGAUGGAAAAAUCUUCGACCUACAAGACCCUUGGCAAAUGAGUUUAUUUGGUAAAGAAAUAGAUAAUGCUGUUCAGUUGAUUUACGAUAUUGAAUCCAGAGAAUUUGAAGUGAAUGAUUUAUUUUUGAAAAAAUCAAAAGAUCCUUUGCAAGUCAACUUACUUUACGGUAGGACAAAAUAUUACGAAAUAGUUAGUAGUCAUCACACCGCUUGCUCAAAAGUAGAUGUUUACGAAAAUUUUCUUCGAAAAUUAAGUGGCAUUGAGGAUUACACUGGCCAAAAUGCUUCCUUCAGAAGCCUUACACUGAUUGGCUUGAUCGAUGCUGCCUUGAUAAUUUCCGCAGAAGGAUCUACACCACAUUUCAUGUAUGAAAACAUCAGCUUGAAAAGUCACUUCCCAGGAUCCAUGAGUCAUUUCAAAUUUUCAUCUUUAAUAUUUUUCAAAGCUGUUGAACAAUGUGUAUUCCAAGAAUUAGUGCCUGAGUUGGUUAACGACGUGACGUAUCAAUUUCAGAUCACAUUGCUAGAAAAUUUCUCGACACGUUCUUUUGAUCUAAGAUUUCGAGCUUUAAAUUAUCAAGUUGCAAACACAUUAAACAUUGUUGGCCAAAGUUAUUCAACAAACAAAGAACGUUUGAGUGAUCAAAAGAUAAGAACAAGCUUUUACAGACUUUUGAAAUGGCUGGAAAAACAAACCAAAUACCGAGCACGCCUUUUUACAGAAACCGAAAUUAAUUCUAUUUUUUCAAACAACAAAGAAAUUGCUCCCAAUGCAGAUGAUCCUGCAAGUGCUUCUAUACCAGAUGGAAUCUAUACUUUAAUACAAUUGAUGGAAUUCUGCAACGAUGGAAAAGCACCUCCAGUAUCUUACCUCAGUCUGCAUUAUUGGAUCAACUCGUUUGGGUCUUUGCUUAGACUAUGGUAGAAAUCGAGUGCCUGUAUCAAUAA